AUGGAGCACAUGGACUCUGCACAUAAGGACGUGGAGGCGGUGAAGCCGCCACUCAAAGCUACGCCGCCGACCCCGAAAGGGGUGUGGGGCAGCCUGGUGGGCGCCCAGCAGACAUGCUACCACCAUGCCUCCCUCGUGUGGGACAAGCUGUCGUAUGCCCUCAACUUUGAGUGGCUGGCGCUGGGGCGCAUGCCCUCGCUCAUCCUCUUUGUGCUGCUCAUCAUCGGCCUCUCCCUCACGGUGGGCCUCACCGGCCAGUCCGUCAAGGACGGCGUCACGCUGGGGGUGGAGUUCGGCGGCGGCUACCAGCUCAUGUACUCGUGCUACCAGAAGGAGGGAGGGCCGCCAGUCACGGAUGAAACCAUGCAGGAGCAGGGUACCUUGGCUUUUGAGCUGUGUGAAGAGAACGGCCAGCCCAACGCCCAAGUGACAGUACUGCUGCCCAGCAAAAUUCAGAUGGUGCUGCCAGGAGUGUCAGACACAAGCGAAAUAGGCCCCAUCCUGGAGGGCUUGGAGGAGCUGCCGCUGGGCAUGCAGGUGCGCUCCGCCAUCUCCAUGAGCGGCACCCAGGGCAAGGAUGACCUGCACAAGACGGUGGUGGCUGCCGGCAUCGCCCUGGGCAUCGUGUGGGCGGGCCUGGUGCUGCGCUACCGCGCCGCCGGCCUCCUCGGCUUCUUCCUCUCCGUCGUCUUCCUCUGGCUCCACCUCGUCCUCUUCAACGCCUCCUCCUACGCCCUGUCUGACGCCGCGAUCGUGGCAGUGGUGCUCAACAUCGGGCUGGCGGCAGACGCCCACAUCAUCGCCUUUGAGCGGGUGCGAGAGGACCUGCACGCGCUGCCACGCGGCGCGGGGCGGCCUCAGGGCCUGGCCGCCCUGCACUCCGCCCUGCGCAUCUCCCUCAUCACCGUGCUGGAGGCCAACAUCACAACCAUGCUGGCCAUGGUGGUGCUGUACGGGGUGGGCACAGGAGGCACCGUGGAGUUUGCCUUCACGGUCAUCAUCUCGGUGUGCGCCUCCAUUCUGAUCAACGUGCUGCUGGCGCGCGCCCUGCUGCGCCUGGCUUGGAAUGCUCAGCUCGUCUCCUGCGGCGGCUUCUUCGGGGACAAGGGGCCCGUGUAUGAUGAGGAGCGGAAAGAAAAGUACGAGCGCAUCAACAGGUGGGUGCUGUGGCCCUACUGGAAGCCCAAGCGCCGCGUCACAUUGGACUUUGUGCGCUACUGGUGGACGGGGGCGCUGGUCACCCUGGCCGUCAUCAUCGGCGGCAGCGUGAUGCUGGGCGUCGAGGGGCUCAACUGGGGCGUGGACUACACGGCAGGCACCUCUGUGUCCAUGCGCAUCCCUCCACCAUAUGACUAUACAUGCGACUCUGUGAUCAGGUAUGCUGAGUAUCGCACCAACACCACCGUCUCUCGCUGUACCAUGGACGACGUGGGACAUGUGGACCUGAAGUUCAAGGAUGCUGUGGACCCCUACAACGUGCAGCUCAUCAUCUUCCGCAUCACGAAUGUGCUGGGCGGGCCCAUUGUGUACAACGAGUACACCAUCGACAACGAGCUGGCCAAGGACCAGUCCAAGAAGGCGGUCAUCGCCAUGUGCGUCUCCGCCGCCGUCACCUGCGCCUUCCUGCUGCUGCGCUUCGGCCCCGGCUUCUCCUCCUCGGGCCUCCUCUCCAUGGCCUCCACCGCCAUCUUCACCGUCAUGUGCUUCGCCAUGGGCCAGUGGGAGGUCAACCUGCCCACCGUCUCGGCCCUGCUCACUGCCUUCUCCUACGCCAUCAACGACUGCGUGGUGGUGGCCAAGGAGGUGGAGGACGGCGGCACGGUGGACAACGCCGCCGCCCUGAAGAGCGUGGUCAACCGUGCCAUGUCUCUGGUCACCAUCCGGUCGCUGCUGACGCUGGAGACUGUGAUGGUGUGCUCCCUGAUGAUCGUCAUCAUGGGCGGCGCCUCGCUCCACUCUUUCUCCCUGGCGGUCACGUUCGGGCUGCUCAAUGCAACAUACACGACCCUCCUGGUGUGCACUCCCUUCUGGUACCUGCUGCGCGUGCUGGUCAUGCGCUGGGCAGGCAAACAGACCGCCAGCUCAAGCAGCCUGCCGCCGCCACAGCAGGCUCAGAAUGGCAGCGCGAGGCACAAAGAGUUUUACGAAUUGGGCGAAUCCAAGGCGUCCUUCAAAACCACGAGCUCCUCUGAGAACAGCGGCGGCAUCCUAGCGCCACACGCGUGA